AAUCAACAGCAGCGCUCUAACUAACCCCGCGGCGUGCUCUCCUCAUCAGUCCUGCCACUCUUAGAUGCUUUACGUCGACUGGAUGUCACUUUUUAUUUGCGCACCACUUUGAGCAAGUUUAGACUGAAAACAAUGCUGAAUUAAACGCACUGCUUGGAAAGUUUAUGAUGACUUUAAAUGGGCUAAGGUCGGAUGCAAUUAAGUUUAAAAAAAUAUCGGAUUUCUCGGGACGUCCGAUCACCAUGGAGGAGCGGGAUUAAUACCACUUCCAUUUUUCUCCCUUUGGACGUUCAAAAAAAUGAACCUACCUGCAACACUUUACCUCAUGAUUUCUGUCUAAACUUCUUUUAAGCACAAUUAUCCGUGGGAAUAAAGGAAUGGGCAUUUACAGCUGAAGAGAAAAGAAGAAGAGCAUCCAUGGAUUGAGUGAUUGUACUUUCAGCUGAAGUGUAAAGUGCCUCAUGAAAGACCUAGGGAUGCGUGGAGGAGAGUGACGGACGGCCAUGGGACUGGAGAGACGGUGGCUUCAGGCUGUCACCACUGCUGUAGCCAUCUGUCUGCUAAGUGUGUCUCAGAGUUUGGCAUCGCUGGUCCGUGCCAGAGAGGGUGGCUCUGCAGAGCUAGACUGCAGCCUGACUCCAUCAUUCAAGGAAGCCACCACCCCAAACCUUUUCCCUUUACAUGUUGUGGAGUGGGUCCGCCUUGGCUACAACGUCCCUGUCCUCAUUAAGUUCGGAGUGUACGCUCCGCGUGUUCAUCCUAACUAUAAAGGGCGUGUGUCUCUGACCCGGGGCGCCUCUCUGCUGGUGGAACGACUGACCCUGGAGGAUGAGGGCUGGUUCGAGUGUCGCAUCCUUCUCCUGGACAGCAAGACAGACAACUUUCAAAAUGGCACAUGGACCUUCCUCUCCAUCACAGCUCCACCUGUGUUCAUUAAGACGCCGCCGACUUUUGUGGAGGUUCUGCUCGGAGACUCGUUGACUCUAAGCUGCGGUGCCCACGGCAACCCUCGACCAACGGUUGUCUGGCAUAAAGAUGAGAGUCCAAUUGAGAAACAUGAGAAAAUAAAAGUGCUCAACGGUACCCUCUCUCUGGCCACUGUCACAAGAAACGUUUCAGGAGUGUAUAAAUGUCAUGUGUCUAACACAGAGGGGAACCUAACCCACUAUACACAGCUGCAGGUUCAAGGUCCACCAAUCAUCAUCAUCUCCCCUGAGGACACGACUCUCAAUAUGUCUCAAGAUGCUGUUCUCCAGUGUCAGGCAGAUGCUUACCCUUCAAACCUCACCUACGAGUGGCUGAAACAAGGACAGAACGUUUACCACAUUGAGUCCCUUAAGUCCAGAGUAAAGAUUUUGGUGGAUGGGACUCUUCUGAUCCCUAAUCUUAUUCCAGAAGAUGCUGGCAACUACACCUGCAUUCCAACUAAUGGAAUACUGACACCACCCUCGGCUUCUGCCCAUCUGAAAGUGAAACAUCCUGCCCGUGUUGGAAGAAUGCUGCGUGAAACCUAUUUGCCAGCAGGGAUGGAGGGGGUCAUUUACUGCCCCGUUCAGGCCGACCCGCCUGUCCUGUACGUAAACUGGACCAAAGACGGGAAUGAGCUGAACCUGGACAAUUUUCCAGGUUGGAUGGUGAAUUCAGAAGGUUCCGUGUUUAUAGCGACAGCCAAUGACAAUGCUGUAGGCAUGUACACCUGCACUCCUUAUAACAGCUAUGGCACAAUGGGUCAAUCUGAGCCCACCAAAGUCAUUUUACAGGACCCACCAUCAUUUCGAGUCCCCCCUCUGCCGGAGUAUCUCCAGGAGGUUGGCCGGGAGUUGAUCAUCCCAUGUGAAGCCAGCGGAGAUCCUACUCCAAACAUAACUUGGAGCAAGAUUGGCCCGAGUCCUCGCUCCCCGUACGUUGUGUUGUCCAACGGUUCCCUCUUGCUGCAGCCACUGAGCAAAGACCACCAUGGAGGCUGGGAGUGUUUGGCCACCAACCGCGUGGCAACUGUAAGCGCAGGCACUGUGGUCUUUGCACUUGGCACCAGUCCUCAUGCCGUGUCCUCAGUGACCGUUACCACAGAGAUGAAUCAGGCCAAUGUGUCCUGGGUCCCAGGGUUUGAUGGUGGAUUUACGCAGAAGUUUACUGUGUGGGUCAAGCAGGCAUCCAGGGGGAAACACGAAUGGGCAUCUUUGCCCGUACCUACCUCUAAAGACUACCUGCUUGUGACUGGGUUACUCGCAGGCACCGGCUAUCAGUUCAGCGUCUUACCUCAGAAUAAACUCGGCUCAGGACCUUUCAGUGAAAUCGUAACCGUACGGACAAAAGCUGUGCCAACAGAGCUACCUAAAGCAGACUCAGGUCUACCGGAGCUGGAACCCCCCAGCAUGCUGUCAGCUAACCAGACCAGUCGAGGUGUUCUUCUGCAGUGGCAGCCUCCUGAGGCUCCCGUCUCUCCACUGACAGGUUUUGUCCUGCAGGCCCGCAGAGAUCAGGGCCAGUGGGUCAUCAUUGGAAGCAACAUUCACCCCAAUCAGAGCGAAGUACUUGUGCAAGGACUGCUACGGGACUCUGUGUACGACUUAAGGCUCAUGUCACGCAGCAACAAAGUGCUCAGUGAGCCGAGUGAGUCUGUGAGCGUUUCCACAAAAGGAAUGGAGAUCUACCCCCUCCCUCCCAGUUUCUUAGAAGUCAUCCCCAAACCGCUGAUGGCUGGUAUGAUUGGGGGAGGUUGCUUUCUGUUCCUCGCAAUUAUCCUUUCGGUGGUGACGGCAUGCUACAUGAGCAACAGGAGAAAGCGGAGACACAGAAAGAGAAGACAAGACCUGCCAACUGCUUUACAGAAAAACCCUUCUGAGGAAACACGAUCACCUUCUCGAAGUCCAGACAGCGUCCUCAAGUUUAAGCUUUGCCCGCCUCUUCCCUUCUUCCCCAACACCACAGCUUCACAGUCUGAUCGCUCCACCUUUGACAAAGGCAGCCGUGGGGAAUACCAUGAUCAGAGGAAACAGCUUUUGUCCAACUCAUCUCCUCCACCUCAUUACACUCUCUUUGAGAGUCACCUGGGUUCUCAGGCACCUUCACCAACUGCUCUGGAGUCUAUUUCCCGAGGUCCAGACGGACGCUUUAUUGUUCAGCCGCUUCCGGAGGGUUCAAGUCCUUCCAGUAAAAACAAUAUAACGAGGGAUGUCCUGCAAUGUAACGGGAGCAUAAAAGGGUCGGGGAGCAACAGGUCGUCAAUCAGGGACUCUCCAAAGUCAAGCAUUUUGAACUCAGAAAAGGACGAGAGGAAGGAAUCUCCUCUGACGGUGGACGUUCCUGAGUUAAGCAGGCCCCCAGCGUCCCCUGGCAGAGUACGAGCCAUGGCAAGAAACUUCUCGCGUCAUGGCUGCUUUUACUCUGACGACGAACAAGGCUCAGAAAUUCUUUUGGAAAGAGCCAGCUUUUAUUCUGAUAACAGCGAGAGAAAGACCAGUGAUUCCUUACGGAGGUAUCGCAUGCCCGGCAACCAUGAGGACUUGUUCUCCAGUUUGGGAAGGAGAACAAGGCUGCUGGACAGAGACAGACCUCAUCAUGGAGGUUACCAACCCAUGGAGAGCCAUCUGACUGACAACAGCACCUUAGUCUCCCAGCUGGAGGGUGAGCUGGAGAAGGACAGUGUGAACAAGUGUGCCCAGUUGGCAAAGGAGAGGGAAGAAAUCGAGAGGGAGUUGAAGAACUUUGCAACCAAUCAAAGACAUCACAGUAGAGCGAGGGAGGAUCCCUCUCCAUCUAGAAAACCAGAACACCUUCAAAGGGCUGCGUCCAAAUCAGUGGAAGAACCUGUGUGGAAACCUCAGGAAGUUACUAUCAGACAGAAGUACAAGCCCUCUGGUAUGACAAGUCGGGUUUCUGACUAUAGGAGGGCCUGCUACUUUGGGAACACCAGCAGCCCGCUGGAUAGGCUCCCCCCAUCCCGCAUACAGUGGGACAUUAGCCCGGUUACGUCUGUCACCAGCCUCAUUCCUGCUCAGUCUCCUUGUGAAACUAUGUCCCCUGGGCCAUCUGGAGACUCCACAGAGGAGACUCUCACUUUACAUUCAUCUAGAUCACCGGUUACCCAGAACACCUCCUUGCCCAUGCUCUCUCCUGACGUCACGCCAGAUAGAGCUAAGUCAUUGAGUCCACAGAAACAGCAACAGACAAAUACCAAGUCCGGCUCCGAGCAGAACUUAGAGGAAAACAAAACAGACUUGGGUGAUAUUUCUAGAUCAAGGAGUCCACUAGCUUCUCAGCUGCAGGGUUUAGACAUCCAAGAGAGACCAGGAAGUUCUUUGUCUGUCCAGUUACAUCAGAUUGAGAGAACUGCAGAUGGAGGCUUUACAAAAAUAGAUGAUCCCAGUCCCUGUAGUUCUUCAAUCUCAGGCAACAAAAAAGCAGGAGCCAAGUCCAAAGACAGGGAGACUCAUGGUCUCAAUGACCAGCGGGCUUCAGGGUUUUACUCCGAGGUGGAGAGGGAAGGCAUCCGAACACGCUCCAGGAAAAGCGAGAAAUGUCUCUUCCCUGACUGUCCCAGCCCGAUCUCAACCUUAAGUCUGGUUGAAGAAGUGGAGAGUGACCAGUCUCAGUUUUUAGUCCCCCAAAUGUCCGGCUCCUUUAAAGCCAAGCCUACAGCCCCGUCCUCCAAAAUGUCCCCACACCAGACAAGUGCAAUCCUUGAAUACCUGAGUCUUCCAGGCUUCAUUGAAAUGAGUGUGGAUGAACCUGUGGAAGAGGUGCAGGGGAGCAACAUCAACGAACAAGCCUCAGAACAGAAGCCUGUAGAAAAACCGGUUGUGGCUAAGCCUGAUGUUGUUCCUAGAAACUGGGAGGUUCAUGUUCAAGAAAAAAAAGAAACUGUAUCAAGUCAGAAACAGACUUAUUCUCUGGAUGCUGCAGAUUCAAGCUUUGAUGCUUCUAAAAAACAAGGGACUAGAAGAUCCCCUCAUGUGGAAACCAGAGUACGAUUCCCUGACGACCCACGGCCCUCCUCUUCGGGCCCAGAAAAGACAAGCAGGGAGCUGUAUAACGAGAAAACUCGGAUACGAGCAGGGAGGCCUGAAUCUAGACCUGGGACCCGAUCCGUUCAUACUCUGUUCAAUGCAGCUAAAAGUAUGGCAGAUAUCGUGUCAAAGCAUUCUCAGAGUUGUGAUGACAGACACGAGUUUUCAUCAGAGCAGCCCCAAAGACAAGCUUCUCAGGGAAGCAGGACUAAUAAAAUAGUUUCACGAAUAACUCAAGCCCCUGUGCCAUUUUUGAAGAAAUCCUUAAGCCUUGGUCCCUGUAGGACUCUCUCAGGCGUGGCUCAGCCUCGGCCUUACCUCAAGAAAUCCAUCAGCUUGGGCUCACAGCGGUGGGAGCAUUUUGAGACCCCAAGAACAUAUAUUUCUGAGAAAUGUUACUGGGAUGAGUUUCCAAACCCAGAUGUGAGGGUCAAGUCCUACAGUUUAGGUCGCACGCCGCCUUCCCUCCCCACACCGGGCCCCUGUUGGAGAGAAUAUAUUCCAUUUCGGCGUCCCAGCAUGGGAAGCUUAGAAAGGCCCCACCAUACAGAAAGAUCUUUAGCUAGUCCUUCCUACCUCACUGCUAUGUACCCACCUAGACAAACCUCAAUGUCCCCAAUGCUUGAGCCCUCAGAUCUACGACACCAAGCCGCCAUUUUCCCAGAAUCCUCUAGAUGCUCCCCCUCUUAUCAAGACACGCUGGGGUCUGUCCAGCACCACUAUGUCCCUGUAGCUACUAAUCUACCAUACUACCAGCACUGGCCGGAACCCAGGAGAGAAAGCAUGAGAUAUUUGGAGCCCAGAAUUGGCCCUCCGAGAUCCUACCUUCCCAGGGGCAUCAGCUGGCCUUCUCCUCACUACCCCGCCUUCCCACCAAGGGAGGGAGAAAGCUACAGAUAUCCAGACAGGAUGAUGGGGAGGGGAGGGGAUACUGAGUUUAGAGACGGGGGCAGGGCUAGUUAUGCCAGUCAAAGCAGCGGUAGAGGCAGUGCUGGUCUCUUCAGACAGUCGCUGUCCAUCACUCCCACCCUGCUCAGCUCUCCAGAGACCACAGAGGAGCAUCAACGCCACAGAGCAGAGAUGGAGAUGGCUAAGAGGAGAGUUAAAAGAAGGAACACUUCAGUAGAUGAAAGCUAUGAGUGGGACGCUGCUGAUGCCUGUUUGGACUCCGAGGUCCUGGAGGCCACCAAGUUUGACCAGUCUCAAGCUGGUUUUCAGCAAAGCCGAAGGGAACUGGGAUCUGAUCAAACUGGCGGCCUCCGGGAUCAGCAACAGAAAGGCCCACCUCCCCCCGUCAACCCUCCUCGCUCGCUAAGUGAGGCGCGCUUCAACGCUCUUCGCCUGGAAUUGCAAGAGUACAAGCGGGCUCAGGGGUCCGCGUGUGCCCUGGAGCCCCGCUCUCAUCCCGACCACGAUUCCGACUCAGACUCCAGCUCAGCGCUGCUCUAGCAGCUGAACUCGAUGCGUCAAAGAACAAAAGCAAAUAGCAGCUGUACUGAGCACACAACAGCACCAUGGUCCUAAACACUGGAAACAUUUCAUUCUUGUUAAAGAUUUGAAUCCUCUGCUGCAGCCUUUUCAAGACGACUGAAAUGUUCUCUUUGUAAGACAUCCUCAGCUUUUUUGAUUAGUGUUCUUCCGCUUGACUUUGUUUCAGCGUCAAACCGACAAUCAGAUAAAUUGAAGAGAUGGAGUCCUGUAAGGGCCACAAUUCAGGAUAAGACCUGCUUUCUGAAAGCGGCAGUCCGCUUUGCAAAUUAAUGUUUUCUACUCCCCUAUUAGUGAUGCCAAAAGGUGCUCUUCACAGUUCUGUAGGUGUACUAGAUAAGGUCUCUCUGUGAGAAUCGCUUUAUCUGUACAGUGUCCCGUGAAUGAAUGGUGCUAGUUUACCUCUCCAUGUCCACUUACAUUUAUGACGCGGUAUGAACAGAUAGUUAACUCCAAUAACUACUUUAAUCCAAAAUGGCCCUGCUGUUUCACAGUACAUUUAUGUUUCACCUGCCUGUUUCCUGGAAUCAUCCCCCCUUUGUUUCCCAUUAACCUUAAAGUAUUUUGUUCAAAGUGUAUAAAUGUUCAUAAGUAUAGUUUAUUGUGAAUAAGUUAUGCUUUUAUGAAAUCAUCCUCGUUACCAUUUAAUAUUAAAUCCAUGAUUUUACCCGAAAUAGUCUGACAUUAACGGAGAUGAUCUUUGCCUUAUUUUAGUUUAUUAAAAAAACAACAGGACGGCGUUAUCCGACAAGCGAAGAUAAACAAAAGCGUGAUCAGAAAUUGAAGAGUAUCAAACACAUUUUUCUCCUCAUUCUGCAUUGUGAGUGUAUUUAUUGAGACGAGUAACGAUAUGCAAAAAUGUUUACAAUUCACAUCCCUGAUGUGAUGGCAGCACUGUGAAUAUUUCAUAGACUUAUGAUUCUAUAUUUGAAUCGAAAGUCUGUCAUGAAUUGUGUGCCGUUAGCCUGCUGUAUGUGGUGUUUUUUUUUUCUCGUUUGUAUUUCAUCAAACAAAAAGCAAGCUGUUUUUGUACGUAACUUGUUAAAAUGAUGUACAAGAUGUAUUUGUAGCGAUACUUUGGGAAGAGAGCCUUGUUAAUUCUUUUUUACUGCAGUUUUCCA